AUGGUGGUGUCCGCUGCUGCCCGCCGCCGAGUCUCCUUUGCGCCUCGCACUUUGGUGGCGCAGUCCGUGAGAAAGAGUCAAGAGUCAAGAGAGAGGGAGAGAGACAGACCUGAGCUUUGGAAGGAAGUUGCUGUCUAUGCCCAAGGAGGAGAAACAAAUGCGACCCUAGAUGCGGCAGGAGAUGCCGUGGUUCGUGGUUGCGAACUUGCGAUACUUGUCGACAACAGCAAUUUGCCGCGGCCUUUCGAGAAGCAAUGCAAGAGCGUUGCUGGCAUUUACCUGCUCAUGGGCUGGUAUGUCUUCCGAAUAAUUCCAUGGCUCGGCUUGAUGAACAACGUGUCGAGAUUGCCUUCUCCCGGCGGCACCUGUCGUCUGAUGCUGUUAACCAGCAAUCCGAGCGCAUCGCCAUAG